UGAGAUACUUCUCCGCAGGUAGCGUGUCUCAGAUGUUCAGAAUGCCUCUCGUGUUCUCGCUCCCUCGCUUCGUCACAGUCUUGACUUCUCGUCUUCUGGCCUCGGAGGUGGGGUUUAUGCGCAUGUCCACUGACUAGCGUUUCGGCAUUUAUAUUUGGACAUCGACUCAAAUACGCGGGAAUAUGUUUUGGGUUCUGGAAAGUUUAAUAGUACUCCUAACUCUAACCAUUUGUACCUGGUCUUGCGCGAAUUGUUGUAUUCUGUGCCCGAUCUUCAGUCUAAUAUGUUUCAUUCAAAACCGAUGGAGGUGAUCAACAAAGUUCUCACCGAUUUGGGAUUAACGCAUCUUAUGGAUGGAUUUAAAGGCAGUUCCAAUUCAAUCAUGGCGUUUAAAGUAUUCCUGGCAUUCGUUAUGAUAGUGUGUUCUACAAAUGCUGCAAACAUUUUAAUGAUUCCAGUACCAUCGCACAGCCAUUGUCUGGAAAUGGUUGGCAUAGCUAAUGAAUUGGUAAAACGGGGCCAUUUUGUUUUUGCUUAUGUACCAGUUAAAUUUAAAACGCACUGUUUUGAUAGUAGCAAUGUGACAGUCAUUGACUUUCAUAUGUCCGAAGAAGGAUGGAGACGUAACGAGGAAUUCGGUGACUUUGUUACCAAGACAGUAUUCGGUGGAAGAACGUUGAUGAAUUCGGAGUUUCCUUCAAAGAUGAACAACUUAGCUGAGAGUGUUUGUGAGGGGGCUCUAAGUUCAACUGAAGAAUUAAAGAAGUUACAAUCCUUACAUAUAGAUAUAACUUUGGUCGAUGCAAUGCCGUUGUGCAACUGUCUUUACUACAUACCAAGAUUUCUUAAAAGUCCGGUUGUCAGUGUGGCUAGUGCGAUAUUCGAGGGUGACAGUGGCAUGCCUUUUCAGACAAAUACACACCCUUUGCUGGCCGUGCCCUACACCAGUGAUAUGGCAUAUCCGCAAAGAUUUUUAAAUCAUCUAGCUACUGUAGGUUUUGCUUUCUCGUUAAACGUUAUGAAUGUUUUCUAUCAGACUGAUAUUGACAAACUUAAAAAAUAUGUCCCAGCAGACGUCUUUCAUAUUGAUAAGGCUCAAUUGAUUAGACAAUCUGUUUUGUUUUUGGAAAAUUCGGACACCAUCUUGGAAUAUCCAAAAGCUACUUUCCCCAAUUUUCUGCGUGUUGGUGGGCUUACAACACGCCCAACAAAACCUCUACCCGAAGAGCUGGAAAAAUUCAUGUCUCAAUCAAAAAAUGGCGUUGUGGUCGUCUCUUUUGGUAGUUUCCUGAAAAAUGCACCACCUUAUCUUUUCCAAAAAUUGUUGAAAGUUUUUCAAAAUCUAAACCAUAAUGUAAUAAUGGCAUAUGAUAAAAAUGAAAACUAUGGAAAUGUGAAAACUGUAAAAUGGCUGCCACAAAAUGACGUCUUGGGUCAUCCUAAUACUGUUCUAUUUAUUUCACAUUGUGGUAAAAAUGGCUUCUUUGAAGGAUUUUAUCAUGGUGUACCUAUCAUUUGUACACCGCUUCAUGCAGAUACUUUCUCUACGGCCAUUAAAGUCAAAUAUCAUAAAGUCGGAAGUUCGGCAGAUAUACUUAAUGGCGAUGCUAAUGAAAUACUGAAGGUUAUAAAAUACACAUUAAAUGAUGAAAAUGUUAGGAAGAAUAUGAAGAAAGCUUCUGCUAUUUUUCAUUCGGCACCAUUCACACCACAAGAAAGAGCCGCUAAUGGCAUAGAACAUGUAUUAAAGUUUGGUGGUGAUCAUUUAAAACCAGUUUCUAGUAAAAUGUCUUUAAUAGCUCAUACUAUGUUAGAUAUUUGGUUUACAUUAUUUUUACUUACAUCUAUUAUACUUUAUAUAUUUUAUAGAUUAAUACGAGGUUGUUUUAUUUGUAUAUUCUGUAGAAAACAAAAUACAACUGGAAAAAAGAAAAAAGACUGAAAUAUUAUAUUUUGGAAUUAAAAAUAGUUUUAAAUAGACCAAAACCAAUGUAGAUUGAUUCAAGUAGAAGAAAUGUUGCACGUUUUGUAAAUGUUAUAAGUUUGGAAUGUUUAUUUUUUUUAUAGUUUUUAUUUUAAGCACUCUGGCAGACCAGAAAGCAGUGAAUGAUUGUCUUGGUUUAGUUACCGGUACACAAGAAUUUAUAAGUGUAUGAGGCAACAGUCGUUAAAAUAAUUACAUCUGGUUUUAGUGAUAUCUUUAAGAUUAAAACAGCACAGUUGGCACAGUUAUACAGUAUGUGAUUCUAUAUUCAAAUAGCUGUCCAACAUUACACGAAUAUACAUUACAUACCGGUAAUGUAACCCAAUCCAUAGAUUUAAUUCAAAAGGAGCCAAAUCUAACUCAAUAUCAUCCAGUCUUGGCCAUUGCAAACACGACUUAUUGGUCAAUUUAAAUUAACAUUGAUGUUAUUAUCUUACUGUGAAAAGUUGGGCUUCUGAUACCCAAUAUUUUAGACAAAAAUGAAAAUUUUAAAAUUAGCACGCGAAUCGUGGGCUAGAAUGCUUUCGAGUGCCAGAUAUAUCAAGCGACUCAAUGAACGAGGCUAAAUAUCCAAUAUAGACUGGAAUAACCAGACGACAAAGACUGCCAUUCAAUCCAGACUCUUCAUGUAUUUCCCCGAACAUAACUGAUUAGAAAUUACAGUAAAAGCAGAAAUGAUUGAAUGUAAAAUCAGUUUGUAUACAUUUAUAUUACAUUAUUAUGCGCAUUGCUACCCAUUUCUACGUACCAACGAAUUGCGUUUUAGCUCCUGUAAUAUCAGUAAAUUUAGAUAAUGAUUGUUUUGAUCCAAUUAUAUGUUUGGAUGUAAUUUAAGUUGAUUAAAACAUCCACUACUCUUAUUUCUUUUAUACAUAUUUCAAACUGUGACUGAGAUAGAUUAAUGAGUGUCAGUGGCUAUGUUUAUUUGUGUGUUGGUUAUGCCAUAUGUUCUAGCUAUUUUACUAUGUGAGGUUGUAUAUAGAGUAAAUAUUAUACAUGCAGAAUUCCGAAUAAAACAUCUGAUAGGGACUGCACCAUAUUGGAUAAAAAAAAAGCUUUCACUUGUCCAUAAUUUUGUCAAUUUGUUAUGAAAUCAUUUACAAUUUUGAUAUAUAUAUAUUAAAUUUUAUUGAAUAUCUUUGUAUUUUCGUAUUUGCUAAUAAACAACUAUUUUC